AUGAGUUUGGCCAACUUACAUAUGCCUUAUGCUAUGUCAGUGCCUAAAGUAAAGAGUUGCGAAAACGUGACAAUCUUUGUCGCUAUUAUGAGUACUGGUGACAAAGCAGCAUAUCUACAGCGAAGGGCUUUGAGAAACACGUACUUAAAACAAGUAGGUUUUUUAUUUUUAAACUUGAUAUUAAAGUAGAGUAAGGUAGGAUAAGGUAGGGUAAGAUAGGGUAAAGUAGGAUAAAGUAGGGUAAGAUAGGGUAAGUUAGGGUAAGGUAAGGCAGAGUAGGAUAGUUCUUAAAAUCUAGUUAUUUCUAUACCAACCGCCCUUUAGGCCAAACAACUCAACAUUCUCCACAAGUUUUUCAUUGGUACGAGUAACACCUCUCGCAAGGAUCUACUGACAAAAGAGAUGUAUGCUCAUGAUGACUUAGUUUUCAUAAAUACUGUUGACACUUACGCCAAUAAUACUUUAAAAUGGAAUGCUAUGCACCAGUACCAUCAGAGCUUCUGCAAAGAAGCCUUCUUCUUCAUGAAGCUGGACGAUGAUGUUGUUGUUCAUUUCGAACGUUUAAUCUUAUGGCUAGAACGUGAUUUUGGUGGACUAACAACUAACAAGACUGACUGGUUGGUGUGCUAUCGGAUUCAUGGGGUUAAGCCUAAUCGAGAUCCUCAUAACAAGUGGUAG